AGCAAAUUUAGGGUUUCGUGUUUAUAAUACAACUGAUCAUAAAUUUGUUAUACCAAUAGUGUCGAGUGGUUUUGGAAAAACAAUGAGUUCCAAUAUCGACGCUGCUGAUUUCGAAUGUAACAUUUGUUUCGAUUUGGCUCAGGAACCAGUGGUCACACUCUGUGGCCAUUUAUUCUGUUGGCCAUGUCUUUACAGGUGGUUACAUCAUCGUUCUAAUCCUCAAGGAUGUCCUGUUUGCAAAACACUUGUUGAAGAACAGAAAUUGAUUCCUCUUUAUGGUAAAGGAAGAUCUGUAACUAGUCCAAGAAUGGAGAUUUCUCGUCGUCCUUCGGACUUUCAUAUAUUGUUUGCGCGCUUAGAGCAAUCGCUUUUGUCUCGUGAGUCUAUAGAAAAGCGUUUCAAGGAGUAUAUAGAUAAGCGUAUUAUGGAUAUUCAUGAGGCUGAAGAGCAGCGUUUCGAGCGGCUUCAGGAGGCUCAAGAGCAGCGUUCUAAGCGGCUUGAGCAGCGUAUCAAGGAGUGUCGCGCGAAUGAAGAGCAGCGUAUCAAGAGGUUUCGUGCGGAUGCUGAGCAGCAGAUCAAGGAGUGUCGUGCGGAGGUAGAGCAGCGUAUCAAGGGGUGUCGUGCAGAGGCGGAGCAGGGAAUCAAGGAGUGUCGUGUAAAAUAUCGCGCCGAUGCAAAAGAGCGUAUGAAGAAGUGUCGUGCGGAUUCAGAGCAGCGUAUCAAGAGGUGUCGUGCUGAGUAUCGUGCGGCGUAUCAUGCGGAAUCAGAGCAGCAUAUCAAGGAGUGUCGUGCGGAGACAGAGCUGCGUAUCAACGAGUAUCGUGUGGAGGCAGAGCAGCGUAUUGAGGAGUGUCAUGUGGAGGCAGAGCAGCGUAUCAAGGAGUGUCGUGCGGAGUAUCUUGCUGAUGCAGAGCAGCGUAUCAAGGAGUGUCGUGCGGAGGCAGAGCAUCGUAUCAAAGAGAUUCGUGCGGAGGAAGAGCAGCGGAUAGAGGAGUGUCAUGUGGAGGCAGAUCAAUGUAUAGAGAAGUAUCAUGUGGAGGCAGAGCAGCGUAUCAAGGAGUAUCGUGAGGAGGCUGAUCAGCGUAUCAAGGAGCGUCGGGCGAAGUAUCACGCGGAGACAGCGAUCCGUUUCCCAACUCCCAAAGUUCAAUAGGUUUCUAUAAUGUGUUCUUGAAAGAAUCUUCAAGUGCAAAGAGAGUUCGGUAGGUUCUUACAUUGUACCAUGUAGGGCCAUGAAGAUCUUGUUGAUACAUGUACCUGUUCUUUAGAGACCCAAUUUUUUUGUCAAAUAGUUGCUACUGAGUUUUCCAUUUGUUGUAAUUAUUUCACAUAGGCCUUGGACAACUUGCAAUUUGCCCAAAAAAAAUCAAUGCUUGUUGAUUUAGUUUGUUUCA